AUGAAGAAACUGGAUAAGAAAGUGAAAUCUCCAAUCCGAUUGUGCUUAACGGAUGAUAUUCUCUACAAUAUCUUGAGGGAGAAAACUGCAGCAAAUUUGUGGGCGAAGUUAGAUGACAUCUAUGCGAAGGAUGAUGACAUGAUUGCCCAUGUGGGUGACUUCGGGUUAUCGAGGUUCUUAUCUGAGUUUGCUCAAACCAUAUCGCUUGGGGUGAAGGGAUCCAUUGGCUACAUCGCUCCAGAGUAUGCAAUGGGUGGUAAAGCUUCUACCCGAGGAGAUGUUUACAGCUAUGGAAUCCUUCUCUUGGAGAUGAUAACUGGAAAGGGGCCAACUGAUGACAUGUUUAAAGGCAAUCUAAGCCUUCAUCAUUUUGCCAAGUUAGCGUUGCCUGAACGAGUAAUGGAGAUUGUAGAUCCAUAUCUCUUUGAAGAUGCAGAAGUUACUCAAGGCAGUGGAAAUCAUAUCAAUGCGGGGAAUAAAAUACGUGAUUGCUUAAUUUUGAUGGUCAGAAUUGGUGUGUUAUGUUCUUUGGAAUCUCCGAGAGAACGAAUGGAGAUGAAAAAUGUUGUCAUGGAAAUGCAUGCAAUCAAGGACUCAUAUCUGAGGUCAGAAUUCACAAAGAUACAAGUUAGAUCACCACUGUGGGGUGAAGCUACGUCUUACCUCAGUCAUUACUGUGAUAUUACUGCAAGGUUGUUAAGAAAGAUUUCGAAAUACAAUAAGUUUGUUGAACAAGCUUUAGAUAUAUAUAUAAUCUUGACUUAA